UGCAGCCCCUUGAAUCAGAUUGCAAGGGCUUAAACCCACUGCCUCAGUUGUUUGGAGGUUAGCAUUCAUGAUCCAGGAUCCAAGAUGUUAGACAACGAGGAGUUAGUUUUAGAGACUCAUCCGCGGGAGCUGACCCAGAACCCCCUCAGGAAGAUCUGGAUGCCCCACAAAAACGGCCACAUAGCUCACAGACGGGUAUGUAUGACAAACUGUCCAACCCUCAUUGUGACUGUUGGACUUCCUGCCCGAGGGAAAACGUACAUCUCAAAGAAGCUCACUCGCUACUUAAACUGGAUCGGUGUGCCAACCAAAGAGUUCAAUGUUGGCGACUAUCGUAGAGAGUGUCUGAAGAUCUACAAGUCCUUUGAGUUUUUCCGUCCAGACAAUGAAGAAGGCUUAAAAAUCAGACAUCAGUGUGCUUCGUCUGCUCUCAAUGAUGUUUGGCAGUACUUGAGUGCUGAAGGAGGACAUGUUGCGGUGUUUGAUGCCACAAAUACAACAAGAGAAAGAAGAGACACCAUCAUGAAGUUUGCUGAGCAGAAUGGAUUCAGAGUAUUUUUUGUGGAGUCUGUGUGUGAGGAUCCAGACGUUAUCGCUCAAAAUAUUGUGCAAGUGAAACUGGGAAACCCAGACUACAUAGACUGCAACUCAGACGAGGCCGUUGAAGACUUCAUGAACAGAAUCAAGUGUUACGAGUCGUCCUACCAGCCUCUGGAUGAGGUUCUUGACAGGGAUUUGUCUUAUAUCAAGAUCAUGGAUGUGGGCCGUCGUUACCUGGUGAACCGUGUUGUUGACCACAUCCAAAGCAGAAUUGUCUACUACCUGAUGAACAUCCACAUCACCCCACGCUCCAUCUACCUGUGUCGCCAUGGUGAGAGCGACCUGAACAUCAAAGGCCGCAUUGGAGGAGACUCCGGCUUGUCGUCCAGAGGAAAAGAGUUUGCCAAAAGUCUGAGGAAUUUCAUUGAGGAGCAAGACAUCAAAGAUCUGAAAGUCUGGACCAGCCAGAUGAAGCGAACAAUCCAGACGGCGGAGUGCCUGGGAGUGCCGUACGAACAGUGGAAAUCUCUCAAUGAAAUCGACGCUGGUGUGUGUGAAGAAAUGAUGUAUGAGGAGAUCCAAGAGCAUUUCCCACUGGAGUUUGCAAUGAGAGACCAAGAUAAAUACCGCUACCGCUAUCCAAAAGGAGAGUCAUAUGAAGACCUGGUGCAACGACUGGAGCCUGUGAUCAUGGAGCUGGAGAGACAAGAGAACGUCCUGGUCAUUUGUCACCAGGCCGUCAUGCGCUGUCUUCUUGCAUAUUUUCUGGACAAGACUGCACAUGAGUUGCCUUAUCUCAAGUGCCCUUUGCACACUGUGUUGAAGCUGACCCCUGUAGCUUAUGGAUGUAAAGUGGAGUCUGUGUAUCUAGGCAUAGAUGCUGUGAACACACACAGAGACAGACCAGAGAAUGUGAACGUACAGCGCAGCACAGAAGAUGCGCUGCAAACGGUCCCGGCUCACCUCUAACUUCUGUACUUCCUGCUCCACCCAGGACCUCUAAACAUCAUGCGAGCUGUGCUGUUCAGCAUCGUCAUGGACCUACACUCCGAACUUUCAAAUAUCAUUUUUAAAUCUCAUCUGACUUGUACUGUAGUUCUAUUUUCAGAGGGGAAAAUCUAAAAACAAAUGCCAGUGUUUCCCCUGUUAACGGUGCAAUGAUAAUCAUGAUGUUCAGUGUCUACUUCCAUAGUUACACGUGAUAUCCACUUCACACUGUAAAUAAUGCAAUAAGCUUCCACUGAAUUUUUUCUUUUAUUUUAAAGAUGAUGUAUGAAAAACAAAUAUGACUCUGGGAUGGGGAGCAACUGUAACUGCUAACAAAGGCUGUUCUUUAAACUGUUUUCUUUUGAUAAAUCAACCACGAAAAAAAAAAAAAAAGGGCAGCGAACUGAACUCUAACAGAAUAAGACGAGUCAUAAACAUUCCAGCGGUGAA